CGCGUUCUAUGCAGGUUAUGCUCCAUUCCAAUCGCUAUUAGCCCAAUCAGGCGAGUGUUCUGCCCCUGGGCCCUGGUAGAACCCUAUCACGGAUUGCACAUACCCUCUCAACGUUCUAGAAUCCAAAUUCAACCGGGAGGUAAGUUUAAGGUAGAUAGGCAUGGUUCUCAAUAUAGAAUUAAAGAAACAUUCACACAUACUGUAAAGCUGGGUUGGUUAAAGUUAUUCCCUUAUUAACGUUUCGAGGAAUCCAAGGUUUCAUAUACGGAAUGAGCUGUGAAAACUGUAAUUCACGUUAAUGCUUAUUUUUACACUUGUUGCAAUCAGAUCUAUUUUUGGCUGUCCUGUCCAGGUACGUAGGCUAGUGAAAUAUCCCAAAUGAAAGCUGCAUACCUUAAUGAAUUGUUUCUCUAAUUUAUAUCCUCUGAAUAACCCAUAAUAUUUGAAGCAACUGCCUCUUACUACAUACAGAAUCAAAUCUGAAAUAAAUCAUGCUGAUGUAUUAUCAAAUGAAAACAAAAACAUAUAUAGAUGAUGGUUGGGAAUCUCACAGCUCUAUUAAAUGAGCUGCAUUUUGGAAAGAGAACCAAUCACCUCUCACACUUACAAAAUCCUAUUGUGUACAUUUUAAUACCAGUGAUCGCAGUUAAUCAUAUGCAUACCAAUUAUUUGAGUACUAUUAGAGCAGGUACUGUCUUUUUUAAAAAAAAAUUUAAUUUUUUUUAAAGCUAAUUUUUAACAUCUGACUGUGUUAUAAACUAUAGUGUGAAUUAUCACAAACUCAGACAUUUUCACUCAAGUGUGAAUUAAAAGCGAACUUCCAAUUUUAGACCAAAGCACCCAAACUUGGAAGCAUAGUUGACUUAGAGAAUUUUUCCGGCUUGGCUAUUUUGAUCCUAACUUCGAAACUCACUUUGAAUUCUCACUUUAGUGAACAAUGCUGUAAGGGAAUCUAAUUUGUUUUUUCUUAUGCCAGAAUUGCACAAAAAUCAGCCGUGUCUUUAGCUGAGCUACUUUAGCCUACAAAUUGGAAUUCCCUUUGGCUUCCUUACCUUGUUCUCAAAAUAGUGGGAAGGGCUUCACCUUCAGGGCAAAUUCUCAUUCUCAGUAAGUGGACAUUUUAUCUCGUACAACUUUACAUGCCAAUGGUUACAAUAAGAUUAAAUACCUCUGUCCUGAAUGGUAAAUUCUUAUAGUGAAACUUGUUUCUGUUCAGACUGAUAGUGGGUCAUACAAUAAAUAUCAGUUAUAUAAACCUAGAAAAACAUGCAACUGUUAAACUUAAAGAGCCAUGGGCCGGUUAUCAGACAGGCUGGACAAGUCAAACCUGCCCCCCCUCCCCCCCCCACCCACAAAAACAAAACUUUAAUAAAAACAAAGGCCAGCUCUAUUGUUAUAUGUGCUAUUACCCUUUUAACCAAUUUUCAGCUCAGUAUAUUUGUAGAUAAAUACUUUAACAGAACAUAUUUUAUGAAGGGAUUUCCAUGUGCGUAUCUGGACCAUUUCAUUGCCUUCCGCUUAAUUUGUAUCUGUUCUAUUUUCUUUUGAAUACGUGUGUGUUUGUUUAUUUUUUUGUUGUUGGUUUAUUUUUUGCAUGGUUUUUGGCAACAAUGUUUAGAAAUUUACUCUCUUUCUGUAGUUAAAGAUUGCAGAAACACCAGCAUUCUGUGUAUUAUAAAUUGUUGGAGGGCCAUUCUUCAUUUUCAAUUCUUGUAUUUCCUGAUGUUACCAAAAGUUGUGUUUUAUUUAUUUUUUCAUCUGCUACUGUGGAAUGCGUUGUUGUAAAAUAACCUAGUACUAUUCGUACUUCACAGAAACUGCCUAAUUUCUGUAACAGAACAAAUAAACUAACUGUAGUAUUAGAUGUUUAAAAUGUAGAUUCAUGUGUUCUAUCAAUACACAGUUUUCACACUAGCUACACUCUUGUUAAUAGCACAGUUUAUACUUGCUCAGUAACGUCUCACAGUACGGUUCUAUUUUCCCAGGGUGACCCAAUGAGAAUGGAGGUUUGUGAAGAUAUGACUGUGGACUUACCAUUGGCUAAUAUGCGGAAACGUCAAUGUAUGGGUGAUAUGACAGAGCAUCCCAACAGUGUAAGUAUUAUUAUUACUGAUUUUAUUUUCUUUAAAGGGGAUAUGCCUUUUUUUAAUGUACAGUAAGUUCUCCAGUGACUUAAAGGACCACUCUAGGCACCCGGACCACUUCAGCUUAAUGAAGUGGUCUGGGUGCCAGGUCCAGCUAGGGUUAACCCAUUUUUUAAUAAACAUUGCAGUUUCAGAGAAACUGCUAUGUGUAUCAAUGGGUUAAGCCUUCCCCCAUUCCCUCUAGUGGCUGUCUCACUGACAGCCAUUAGAGGCGCUUGCGUGCUUCUCACUGUGAUUUUCACAGUGAGAGCACGCCAGCGUCCAUAGGAAAGCAUUGAUAAUGCUUUCCUAGGCGACCGGCUGAAUGCGCGCGCAUCUCUUGCCGUGCGUGCGCAUUCAGCCGCAUGGGAGGAGAAGAGGAGGAUCGGAGGAGGAGAGCUCCCCGCCCAGCGCUGGAAAAAGGUAAGUUUUAACCCUUUCCUCUCCCCAGAGCCGGGCAGUAGGGGGACCCUGAAGGUGGGGGCACCCUCAGGGUACUAUAGUGCCAGGAAAACGAGUAUGUUUUCCUGGCACUAUAGUGGUCCUUUAAUUUGUAUGAUUUUAAAAGGGCAGUCUAAGCAACACAAUCACCACAUCUCAUUAUAUCUGCUAUAAUGCAAGAGUCUUUAGUUGCCAUCCAACGUCAUCCCCUUUCCCUCCCCAGAGCUCUGUCUAUCAUUGCCAUCCAGGUUUGGGUGUGGAAUUCAUAUGUAAUUUUUGCUUUAUCAGAGUGACACAAUUAGAUAGAGGUGAUUUGUCCCCAAAUACACUCCAGACACACAAAGCACUUUAGCUUGCUGAAAAGCUUUAUAUGUAAAGUGUGUCUUCUUUCCUUCUCCAAUAGGAACUGACACUUUGUUUUUUUUUUUGUUUUUUAUAAAUUCACCUGGUUACACCCCCUUGGCUUUCAAUCAGGCAACUGGUCCUUUUACUUGCUGGUUAAAGCUGCAAUUGCCCAGACAACCUGCCUUGGGAAGACUUCUCAUUGAGCUGCAUUGGGAAGUCUGUGAUUGGACAGACACAGAAAGUCUGGGCGAGGUUAGAAGGGGAGGGUCUUCCUGGUGCAGAGGGACACACCUAUUCUUGGCCAUAUUGAAAUGGCCGUAAUUAACAUGUGCAUAAUCAGUGUCUUUGACCAACUUGGACAACGUUGAUUAGGUGAGAGCGUUGGGCUAACUUUCCAACAAUUUAGUGUCAGUUGAAGUAUCACAAUGUAAGACAAGGAAAGCCAGAAAACAGCCCCCAAGUAACAUCAAUUGUCAAGACACUGAAUGUCAGUCACACAGUGCAGCUCUGCCCCAGGAAACCCCUCCAAGGUGUCGCUAGUGAGCAAUAUAAACACUGCCUUAUCUAUGAAAAAGGCAGUGUUUACAGAAAAGGGCUACAGGGACUGACUAUACUCACCAGGACAACUACGUUAAGAUCUAGUUGUUCUAGUGACUAUAACGUCCCUUUUAACAUAAAACAAAAAAGCUUGCUUUAUAGCUAUUUAGUAAAUGUUCAGAUGCUUAUUUACUCACUUAUCCUAUAUCCCUUUAAUCAGCAGCUGCAAACGGAGGCAGCUCAGUUAAGGUAAAUUCCUUGAUAUAUUGUGAUUGCUUUUUAAAUUUUCUCCUCAGGGGAAUACUGAAGCAUAAUGUAAUAUGCUAUCUUUUAACUGGUUUGUUUAUUGAGUCAAGGAGAGAAAAGUCUUACAUAUUCUUAUUUUCAUCGAUUUAUACGACUUGGUUAUGGCGUGGUCAAAGAUCAUGGUUCAAGCCUGCUAUUAAAGUCGAAGUGUACUGAAAGAGUUGAUUGCAUAAUCUGUAAACCCUACUCAUUGCUUUACAUAUUUUAUAACUUGGUUGUUAUUAAAGAGACUUUGCCAGAGUGUCCUAAACUUUGUUUCAGUCUUCUUGAAGAUUUGGAACAUUGUUUGAAGUAGUGUGGCAUUGUACUUAGCUAUGGAUUCCAUUUUCCUUCAUUCUCAGCAAACCUUUUGGUUAAGGAUUGUGAGAGAUGCAAAUGUUUAUUUUUUAACAUUACAAUGCAAUGUGUUAUUUUAUAUAUUUUUUUCCAUGUGAAAUUGCCUUCCAAUGCUUUCCUAUGGGUAAGCAUUGGAUUAGUUAAGAUCAUCUUCGGUGUGCCUCUUUGUUCCCCUCUCCUCCCCCACCCAGAAUUCGGUGUGCCUCUUUGUUCCCCACUCCUCCCCAAACCCAGCCUUCAAUGUGCCUCAUUGUUCCCCUCUCCUCCCCGAACCCAGCCUUCGGUGUGCCUCUUUAUCCCCUCUCCUCCCUUUAUUCGUCCCCUCCCCCUCAAGCCUUGGCUGUGCCUCUUUGUUCUCCCCUGCCACCCCAGCCUUUGCUGUGCCUCUUUGUUCCCCUUCCCAGCCCACCUCUGUGCUUCUUUGUCCGUUUCCCAUCCCCUCCCAGCCCCGCUCUAUGCCACUUUGUCCAUGCUCCCUGCAGCCUCACUCUGUGCCUAUUUGUGCGUGUGUGUCCCGAGCCGCAGUAGAGGAGCUAAUGUACCUUCUACUAGGUCUGACAGGAAGCAGUUUGGCGCUCUGACUCUACCUGUCAGACCAGUUAGAGGAUACAGAAGAUGCUCAUCCGUGGCUCAACACACUGCAUGCAGUGAAAGGCAGGAAGGGUCACUGUGCAGUGCGUUCCCCUCCUGCCAGUCACCCGAAGAUUGCUGGAUUUGACAAUACUUAGGCAUUCCCUUGUGAGUAAGCUCUUGCAAACGUGAAAUACAUGCGUUUUGACUAAUGGAGUGUGUUGUUGGCAAUAUUAUUGGUUAAAACACAAACUCAUCAACUCUUCUUGGAUUUAAAACUUAUUUAUUGGCGGCAAAGAAAACAAAUUAUUAAGAACACCAUGUCAUUCAGAAUAGUUUCAUUAAUGAUUUGUAUUUCUCCAAAGUAACAGCUUAAUCCUUUCACAACGUUAGGGCAUGCUAUGAUGCCCUACAAAAGGAGGGCUUUAACGCCGUAAGAACACCUUAACAUUUGGGCUUCCCUACAGCCAGUAUACUUAACCACCUUGCCGGAGCUGACAACAGCCAAUCCCACCAAUCCGAGUAAUGUAAUUGUGAUUUAGUUUGUCAGGCAGAUCCCCUCACCAUAUAUAAUUUUAUUAAUUAUAAUUAUGUAUAAGUAAUAUACCUUAGAAUCCCAUUUUCAUUUUAUAUAUUUUAACUCUAAGUAUAUUUUGAUAUUGUAUAACAAAACACACUUCGAAUAAAGAAAAAUGUAAUAUUUUUACAUUCUGUGAUUUUCAUUAACUGUAUAUUGGGGGACUUGCCUGACAACCCAGGCAGAAAGUCCAGGGAAAUUAAUUUGCAAGCCUUAUAACUUUCCAAAAGUCUCACACUAGGUGAACACAAACAAGUGUUUUUUGUUUUUACAUUUAUUUUUACUUACCUGAUUCCAUCAUCAAGGUUCCUUUGGUGCUGGAUCGCUCUCCACCUACUCUGACAUCAUGGUGAUGGAGGAAUCUAAUGCACACACGCAGCACGCACAACGCACACAUUUGGCCUUCCCCAUAUGGAAACAUUGACUCGAUGGUUUUUUUUUUUUUUUUUGGAGAUUUUGAAGAUGCUGCAUGUCCUCAUGCAAGUUGUAGACUCUUUGAAAGGCCAAGAAGCACCUCUACUGCCUGUCUGAAUGCAAGCCACUAGAGGCAGUCUUAACACUGCACGGUAAACAUUGCCGUUUUACAUUGCUGGGUUAAAGGGACAGUGCACCCAGACCACUUCAAUAAGAUGAACUGCUCUGGGUGCCUAUAGUGUAACUUUAAACAACACAAUAUUGAUUAGAGACAGUGACAAGAACACAACUGUUCUGUGAUACAUUUUACAAAGCAUCAAUAAGCUCAUUCCGUGUAAUGUGGUCUCCUACUUAAAGAGAGCGAGUUAGUGUAAUAAACAAAAAAUAUUGGGCUUUAAACUAAUCAAGAUGAGCGUUAAUAGAACUUAACUUAAUGAAUAUUCCAUGUUGUAAUGUCUUCUGAAACUCAUUAAUAUUAGCCAAAAGGCAUCCAUUAUAGGCAAUUUUAACAGUGUCUACUACCCCUGGUUUCCUUACAGUACUGUCUGUGUGCCAUUUGUUUCUGGAUACUACUCCGGAGUGCAAGAACUAUCUCUGCUGCUGGAGUGACCAGAGACGGCACCCACCUCACAGUUUAUCAGUGAAGAUCUCAGAUUGUUUAUAAACCAGCAGGCAGAAGCCAUUCUCUGUGCUGUGUCCCGUGUCAUCCUGAUGCUGUGAUAUAUAAUAUUUAUUUUUCUUGCCCAAGUCAUAAACUAAGCUUCAGUACAAGUUCCCCCAAUUUGUGGCUUUUGUAGUUUUUCAGCUAGAGGCUACUGGUUAUUCCUCUGUCUUUGUCCUGCCUGUGGAUUGAAAUAGCCGUGAGGUUCCAGGCAUUAAUUCAAGUAGCACAUGCAUCGUCCCGAAGCACUUUUUGUUUCAUGGUGCACUUGUUGUCUCAAAGGGAUUUAGGUUAUUUAUUUAUACUUGGUUGUUGAGUUUGCUAUAUCUCUGUUUUGUCAUUGUAAACCCAUCGUUUGUAUUAAUUAUACAGGGUUAUAAUGAUAAGUAAAUUGUAUCCAAAUAAAUGGAGUCCUUAAGGAAUGUAACAAUGUCCUACUCCCGUAUAAAAAAUAAAAUAAAAAAAAUUUGAGAGUGUGAAAAGGCAAUCACUGCUUUACUAAAAAUCUUAUAACAAUUUAGAUUGUACCUUGAUCAGGUACAGAUUGACCAUGUUGCCUCUGAUAAAUAAGACAACAAGCACUAUAGUUCAGUUCCCCAUCUAACUUCACGAGGAACUAGUGUCUUUCAUCUCUCUGUCGCCAUUUUCUAUCAGAGUAGGAUCUGUCCCUUGGUUGAAUGUGCCAUCUUUAUUUGUGUAUAUGUGUGUGUGUGUGUAUAUAUAUAUAUAUGUGUGUGUGUGUGUGUGUGUGUGUAUAUAUAUAUAUAUAUAUAUAUAUAUAUAUAUAUAUAUAUAUAUAUAUAUAUAUAUAUAUAUAUAUAUAUAUAUAUAUAUAAUUUUUUUUUUUUCAAAAUGUCUUUAUACAGGGAGUGCAGAAUUAUUAGGCAAAUGAGUAUUUUGACCACAUCAUCCUCUUUAUGCAUGUUGUCUUACUCCAAGCUGUAUAGGCUCGAAAGCCUACUACCAAUUAAGCAUAUUAGGUGAUGUGCAUCUCUGUAAUGAGAAGGGGUGUGGUCUAAUGACAUCAACACCCUAUAUCAGGUGUGCAUAAUUAUUAGGCAACUUCCUUUCCUUUGGCAAAAUGGGUCAAAAGAAGGACUUGACAGGCUCAGAAAAGUCAAAAAUAGUGAGAUAUCUUGCAGAGGGAUGCAGCACUCUUAAAAUUGCAAAGCUUCUGAAGCGUGAUCAUCGAACAAUCAAGCGUUUCAUUCAAAAUAGUCAACAGGGUCGCAAGAAGCGUGUGGAAAAACCAAGGCGCAAAAUAACUGCCCAUGAACUGAGAAAAGUCAAGCGUGCAGCUGCCACGAUGCCACUUGCCACCAGUUUGGCCAUAUUUCAGAGCUGCAACAUCACUGGAGUGCCCAAAAGCACAAGGUGUGCAAUACUCAGAGACAUGGCCAAGGUAAGAAAGGCUGAAAGACGACCACCACUGAACAAGACACACAAGCUGAAACGCCAAGACUGGGCCAAGAAAUAUCUCAAGACUGAUUUUUCUAAGGUUUUAUGGACUGAUGAAAUGAGUGAGUCUUGAUGGGCCAGAUGGAUGGGCCCGUGGCUGGAUUGGUAAAGGGCAGAGAGCUCCAGUCCGACUCAGACGCCAGCAAGGUGGAGGUGGAGUACUGGUUUGGGCUGGUAUCAUCAAAGAUGAGCUUGUGGGGCCUUUUCGGGUUGAGGAUGGAGUCAAGCUCAACUCCCAGUCCUACUGCCAGUUCCUGGAAGACACCUUCUUCAAGCAGUGGUACAGGAAGAAGUCUGCAUCCUUCAAGAAAAACAUGAUUUUCAUGCAGGACAAUGCUCCAUCACACGCGUCCAAGUACUCCACAGCGUGGCUGGCAAGAAAGGGUAUAAAAGAAGAAAAUCUAAUGACAUGGCCUCCUUGUUCACCUGAUCUGAACCCCAUUGAGAACCUGUGGUCCAUCAUCAAAUGUGAGAUUUACAAGGAGGGAAACAGUACACCUCUCUGAACAGUGUCUGGGAGGCUGUGGUUGCUGCUGCACGCAAUGUUGAUGGUGAACAGAUCAAAACACUGACAGAAUCCAUGGAUGGCAGGCUUUUGAGUGUCCUUGCAAAGAAAGGUGGCUAUAUUGGUCACUGAUUUGUUUUUGUUUUGUUUUUGAAUGUCAGAAAUGUAUAUUUGUGAAUGUUGAGAUGUUAUAUUGGUUUCACUGGUAAUAAUAAAUAAUUGAAAUGGGUAUAUAUUUGUUUUUUGUUAAGUUGCCUAAUAAUUAUGCACAGUAAUAGUCACCUGCACACACAGAUAUCCCCCUAACAUAGCUAUAACUAAAAACAAACUAAAAACUACUUCCAAAAAUAUUCAGCUUUGAUAUUAAUGAGUUUUUUGGGUUCAUUGAGAACAUGGUUGUUGUUCAAUAAUAAAAUUAAUCCUCAAAAAUACAACUUGCCUAAUAAUUCUGCACUCCCUGUAGAAGAGUGACUUCCUGGGGCUGAGGAAUGACUCUAUGCCUGCAGAAUUAUCUCUUGCUAAUUAUCAAUACAGAUGAUAUGGGUGUAACCUCCUGUGUCAGAAAGACUGUUUGUAUAUAAACUUUCCUAAAUGCUUUGAUAUUAAAGCAAAUUAUGGAGGGGGCUCUAGGCAGUAUGACCACUGCAGGGAGGUGUAGUCUGAUUAUUAAAAUGUCAAUUUAAGACUGGUGUGAAUCACUUUCUCCUGCAAAAAAAUUGUUGAAAUGGGCUGACUAGAUGUGCUAACUGUAUCUCGUAUAACAGCACAUUGUAAUUACUAUAAAUAAUCGCUUCUCCAAAUUACCAUCCGUAUUAUGUAUAGUAACACUUUAUUAUGGUAUCUGUUUUGUUUUAUUUUUUUUAUUUUUUUUCCUGUUUCUACAUCUGCAUGAUGAGCUUGCAUUUAGGAUGCAGGUCUUGCAUGGUCACAGCAGUUAGUAGACCAGAAUUAAUUGUGAUGGUAUUUUAAAGCAGUUUCUAAAGCUAAGUGCAAAUGUAUCAUCCAUUAGUGCUUGCUGUGGGGCCACUAGUGGAUUACAUGAAUCAUAUCUAAUCCAGUGCUGAAGGGUCACCUGUCUAAAAUAAUAGAGAACUUCUCUGGAUAAUCUCCUGAAUACUUUUGAGUAUUAUUCAUAUUUUUUUACAUUAGACAUGGUUGGUUGACUGCGAGUGAUAAAUAUAUGGAAGUCAAAUGCUCAUGUUCACCUUGACUGAUUUUAUAACGGCUUGUUGAGGGGCAUUAGAAACAGAAAUGUGCAUGAAGUGACAAGACUGUUGGAUAUCACGGUUGCAACUGUCUCUGGAACAGGAAUUCAUUUCUAUAGUCUGGAUAUUGUCUGUUUUAAACCUUUUAUUUUAGUGGGUAACUGUGGACAUUCUCAAAGACUUAAAGGAACACUAAAGUCCCCAGAACAUCUACAGCUUAUUGUAUUUGUUCUGGUGAGUAUAAUCCUUCAGGCUUUUGGCAGUAAAACUGUCUUUUCAGGAAUAAAUGCAGUGUUUACAUUACAGCCUAGUGAUAAAUCCACUGGACACUCCUCAGAUGGCUACUAGAGGUGCUUCCUGGGGCAGUGCUGCACCGUGUGCAUGAAGACACUGAAUUUUCCUCAGUGAUGCAUUGAUUUAAUGCAUCUCUAUGAGCACAUGCUGAUUGCCAGGGCUGUGUUUGGCUUGUGCUGGAUCUGCCUCACUGACUGUUAGCCACUCCAAUGGGAAAGCAUUGUGAUUGGUUCAGAUCAUCACUUCUGAUUGUCAGCCAAGCAGGCAGAUUAAGGGCAGAACCAGCAGUAGACUAGAAUAAAGGUAAGCAUUUACUAUAUUUAGGAGGGCUGGAUGGUAUUUUUAACAUUAUAGGAUUGGGAAUACAUCUUUGUGUCCUAUACAUGUUUAUGUCCUGAUCCUAUAGUGUUCCUUUAAACCAUGAGUUUUGUUAUAGUUGUACUUGUGCACAUCUUUGUAAACUUUUGGGAUAUAAUCUUCCUUUACCCCUCCCUUCAAUCUGUCCCAAUCCAAAGUAGCUGAUGGAAGAUAGUUUAAAACUCUAUGCCUGCAGAAUUAACUCUUGUUAAUUAUCAAUACAGAUGAUAUGUGUGCAACCUCCUGUGUCAGAAAGACUGAUUGUAUAUAAAUUUUCUUAAAUAGUUUGAUAAAACUAACAAACAUUUAAAGCAGGUAACUGGCAAGACUGUAUAUCCCAACAUGUAAUUGUUUUUAAUUCUACCACUUAGGUUAGGAUCUUCCUGAUGGGAUUCAUAGGCAACAUGUACUGUUGAAAUAUGUACGGUUAUCAUUAUUUGUGCAGAAUUGAAUGUCUCUUGAUAUUGAUGCAUUUGUGUUGAAGCCCUGAAUGCUAUCUAGAAGAACUAUUGAAAUAUAAAAGUUAUAAAAUGUUUUAUAUUUAUAUAAACUUUUUUCCCAAAUUGAUGUUGUAAUGUAGUCCGCAAUUGUAAUGUAAUACUUGGAGUUGGCCAGGCUGUCAGACAAUAAUGAAGAUACGUGAUGUCACAGAAAAUGAGCACGGUGUGCGAUGUGACAGUGGUCAUGACACUUUGUUUUUCGUUUGUGGAAAUAGUUACAGGAAAAAGUCUGUGUCUUAGGCAUGCACAGUGGAUGCUUUGUAGGAAUAAUGUCUUGAUGGAGACUGGGGUAUAAAAAAGGGAUAAAAAAAUGUAAGAAAACAUUGAUUUAUGUCACACGUUACAACUCCAGUAGCCUCCAUCCAACUGUAUGUAUUGCUUUCUGGUUGCAAGACCACCCACACAUACAUUUUGAGAUUUGCGCAUUUCCUCUGUACUUGCAUCCCAGGUCAAACGUUAUUAUCGCUAAGCUGGUGAGUCCGCAGUACAUUUAUUUAUUUAUUUUAUAUUUUCUUUCAAGAUAGGUAAAGUGACCCAGCAUGCAGAGUUAUUCACUAAACAAAACAAUAGCAGAAUUUCCAAGCCCUCUGUUUCUGGCUUGGCUCUUCAGCUCUAAAAGUUUACCACAAGCAAGAUGCACUGUUAAAUAAGGUCCUUCUAUUUUUUUUUUUUUUAUUUUUUAUUUUUUUAUCCCCCCCCCUCUCCCCAAAAUCUUCAAUUGUCUCUUCUUUUGUCUCCUCUUUGUGUAGAAACGGCAAUGUACUUCAUUGGGGAGUAUCGCUAAUGGAAAUGGCGUUUUAUACAAUCAGUUCAAUGAUUGUGACAUGGUGUAUUGGCAAAUGCAGAUGUCAAUGGCUAAAAAGGAGCCUGUGUCAGAAUUUGUUCCUCAACCUGAGAACAAUAUGGAUUAUAUGGUAAAUACAUAAGAGUUGAUAAAUAAUUGGUUGUGUUUUUUUUUUUUUUUUUUCUUUCAUGUGUGGCUGCUAGUAUAAGAUUUUAACUUUUUAAAAUAUUUAUUUUUAUUUAGCCUGUGGAAAAUCAUGGACGCAGCAGUUCUGCCCAGCCAUGUCCGAGAUGUAUUGCUGGGGAAUCUGUAAGUAUAUUAACAAAGCAGAAAAAAAAAUAUAUUUGUUCAUUUACUAGAUCUAAAAAUUGUAGUUAAUAAUGGGGGGAAAAAAAUUAAAAAACUUAAUUUAUUUUAUUUUUAAAUUGAUUUUAUGUUUUUGAGAAACAAGGCAUGUAAAUGAUAAAGGGAGAUUGAUAGACUUUCUCGUGGGCAGGCAGCAGGCUUAAAAUAUAAUUACAAAUGAAACAUUUUCAAUGCAUUUUAAGAAGCAGAGUACAUUGAAAUAACAAAAUACCAUUUCAUGUUGAUCCGACUAACUAAAUAUUGAACAUACAAAUAAUGAGUGUGGAGCGUGGAGACAGGCAGAGUGGAUUUUUAUCUUUGUACCAGUAUUGAUUAAAUCUCUUGUAAAUGACAUUCAAAAAUGCAUUAUUUAGCUACCUAUAAUGCUGCCUCAUCUAUAAUGUUCACUGGCUAAGUCUUCGGAAUGAUGAGCGUUUGGGAAAGUAAUAGAGAAAGCUGAAAAUUGAUCUUGCCUGUCGGUUCGCAUGGGCGAACAUUUUCGUUCUAGAUAAGAGGGUAGUUUGAAAUUCAUUUUACAGUGUAUGUUAGGUGUCUGCAAUAUGUAGAGCAGAUUGCCUGAAAAAGUAUGUUUCAGGCGGUCUUGUGGGCUGAUUCCAGAAUAGAACUUGUAGAAUCCUUGCUUUAAAGGAGUUAUCAAUCAUCAGAAUAAUGUCAUUUCAACAAGGAAGUCCCAUGUUGAUGUCUCUUUGCGCAUCAUUAUAGCUGCGAGGAUUUUUAAAAAUCUGUGUAGCUAUAAUGCUGCUCUGUCUCUUCCCCUUUUUUUUAAAUUUAUUUAUUUUGAUUAGAAUGUGUACAUUGAGAAUAACCUACUCUCUUGCUGGGGGUCUUGACAUGCCCAGCAUGGGGAGAAAAAGCAUUGUGCCGAGCCCCAUAUACCCAACUGCAAAAUGGGCUUUCAGUAGGUUGAUCGCAGCCAUGCUAUGACUGCUGUCAGUUGUCUUUUUUUAUUUAAAAGAAACCAUGCAAAGGCUUACGUGGAAACAUAGAAUGUGAUGACAGAUAACCAUUCAGCGCAUCUAGUCUGCCCAAUAUUUUAAAUACUUUUAUUAGUCCCUAGCCUUAUCUUCUAUCUAGCAUAGCCUUAUGCCUAUCGCACGCAUGCUUAAGACUUAAUCACAUAUCUCACAAACUCCUGCUGGAUACUGACAUAUCCAUUUUAAAUCCAAAGCAACAGCAGCAACGUAAUUGAGUAAGAUCAAAUAGAUCAGGCUUUCAUCUUUUAAGAAAGGUAUUGUGUAUAGAACACUCCAGGCUGCAUUUGACACGGUCCAGUUUUAAAGGGGCGACAUAACAAUUGGGACUCAUUGUAGCUGUAAUGGUACUUAGUGUCUUACCCAUUUCUAUGAAACUGUAUUGGAAUAGUUUCACACCCAAAAAAAAUUGAGCUCUUACAAAUCUAAAUAAGGAUGUGUGCAUUAUACGUCCGGAGCCGUUUAGAUGCUGAAUACAAUGUGCUUCAUAUCAAAGUGCGUGGUUACAGAUUUUCUACCCUGUUUGAAGAAAAAUGCUCUCAUCCAACGUAUACAAACUUUGAAGUUGACGCACACAACGUGGCCUAGUGGUUAUGAUCUAUGCUAGAAUUGGAAGCCUUAGAUUUUAGGGAUGCCCAAAAAGUAAAUAACCAGAUGUUAAACUACAACUCUUGAUGCUUUGUAUUGCUUGUAAAACAUCUGGAGUUCUCCCUUUUUUGCACCCUGUAUCUUUAAUUGUCGUGAAGGACUACCCUGCUUUGGGAUUUUUUGCAAAGCGUGGUCAGUCACAUGAGACAGGCUGGUAGAAGGUGGAACCUGGCGUGUGUGCUACACUAGUGUCUUGCCAGCGCCCAUCCGAUAUAGGCGGAACUAAAAAGAACUUAAAGGAUCACUAUAGGGUCAGGAACACAAACAUGUAUUCCUGACCCUAUAGUGUUAAAACCACCAUCUAGCCCUCCUGGGCCCCUCAUGCCUCCAUAAAUAUAGCAAAAUCUUACUGUAUUCAAGCCAGAAGCUGUAGAUCUGCAUGCAGUUUGCCUAAAAAAAAAAACAAGCAGUCUGCUGACAUCGUCAGAAGUGGUGGCCUGAUCCAAUCGCAAUGCUUCACCUUGGGAUUGGCUGAGUCUGACAAGGAGGCAGAACAAUUCAAACACAGCCCUGGCCAAUCAGCAUCUCCUCAUAGAGAUGAUUUGAAUCAAUGAAUCUCUGAGGGAAGUUCAGUGUCUGCAUGCAGAGGGUGGAGACACUGAAUGUUUGAAUGCAUUUUAGGCAGCCAUGACCCAGGAAGGAUUUCUAACAGCCAUCUAAGGAGUGGCCACUGAAGUUAUCACUAGGCUGUAAUGUAAACACUGCAUUUUCUCUGAAAAAAAGCCUGAUGGUAAUGAUUCUACUCACCAGAACAAAUUCAUUAAGCUGUAGUUGUUUUGGUGACUAUAGUGUCCCUUUAAAGACCUUUACUCCUAAAAGAGCUGAAUAUAUAUUUCACUUUAAAUUAAAACAUAAAAGGAGUCUUAUUUUUUUUUUUUUUUUUUUACACAUUAUUUUUAAUGUAAUUAAAUAAUACAGUGAGUUUACAGGGUUAAUUAUUUUGGACAAGAUAUGUAUACACUGCUCAAAAAAAUAAAGGUAACAAUUAAACAACACAAUGUAACUCCAAGUCAAUCACACUUCUGUGAAAUCAAACUGUCCAUUUAGGAAGCAACACUGAGUGACAAUCAAUUUCACAUGCUGUUGUGCAAAUGGGAUAGACAACAGUUGGAAAUUAUUGGCAAUUAGCAAGACACCCCCCAAUAAAGGAGUGGUUCUGCAGGUGGUGACCACAGACCACUUCUCAGUUCCUAUGCUUCCUGGCUGAUGUUUUGGUCACUUUUGAAUGCUGGCGUUGCUCGUGUGGGUUGUAGACUCCGUCUCAUGCUACCACUAAAGUGGCUCAGAUAGUGCAGCUCAUCCAGGAUGGCACAUGUUUAACAAUGUAUUGACUAUCUCUAGAUAGAGAUCGAUAUUCGCUAACAAUAAUUCUCGGCAUACAACCUUUUAUUUAGAAAGUGUUGCACUAAAGAAUACAUUGAGAUUUAUAAUUUUCUAAAAUGUCCUGCAACAUUGUAAUGUUUGGCCUGGUUAGAUCAGAAAAGACCAUUUGUUUCAGAAAUUCUAGGCUUAUUGGAAUAUGUGAGGUUUUCCGACAGCUGUGGAGAUCUCUAAGGUUUCUUUGUUGUAAUGUGGAAUGAAGAUCAAGGAAGUGGACCUAGUUCAAAAAGGCGGUGGAGUGGAUCUCUUCUGUCUGCUUUUUAUAUUACAUUUUUCGACCUGCCCACAAUUAAAAGCAUUGUAUUGCUCUACAUUAGCACUACUGGCAUGGAACAUUCAAAUGUGCUAUUUAAUCAUUUCAAUUUCUCUUUCAGGGUCACAUAAACCAUAUCCUGGGACUCUAGACAGGAGCUGACUGACCAAUUGAUAUUGAAUCCAGAAGUGAAC